CUGCUGGCGGCGGGGGCGGCGGGUGCGCGUCGGCGUCUCUGGCCGCUCGGUCCAGCCCGCCGUGACCCUGUCCCGCCCGGGGGCCGGGCUGAGCCGUCCGGGAAGGGGCCAGGAGAAUGUGUGUGUGUCCUGGGCCCAGGCGGAUCGCAAUUCCAGUCCGAAGCUCCAGGCUGCCAUUGUUGUCUGAUGCCAUGCCAGCACCAGCUCAUCUGUUUCCAUUGAUUCGUAACUGUGAGAUAAGCAGAAUAUGCAGUACUGUGUGUUACUGCCACCAUAAACAUCUGUGUUGUUUAUCAUCUCAUUUUGCUCACAGUCACUUCAGAUAUGCACCUCAGAAGAAAUUUGCAGCACUCUGUAGGCCAAAGGAGAACUUUAAUCACUUUAUUCACACAAAGGAUUAUGCUUCUACGCCACAGAGAUUUUACCUCACUCCUCCACAGGUCAACAGUAUUCUGAAGGCAAAUGAAUACAGUUUUAAAGUCCCAGAAUUUGAUGGUAAAAAUGUUAGUUCUGUUCUUGGCUUUGAUAGCAACCAGUUGCCUGCUAAUGCACCAAUAGAAGACCGGAGGAGUGCUGCCACUUGCUUGCAGACGAGAGGGAUGCUUCUGGGUGUGUUUGAUGGCCAUGCAGGCUGUGCUUGUGCUCAAGCUGUCAGUGAAAGACUGUUUUACUACAUUGCUGUCUCUCUGUUACCUCAUGAGACUUUACUUGAAAUAGAAAAUGCUGUGGAAAGUGGCAGAGCUCUGUUGCCCAUUUUACAGUGGCACAAACAUCCCAAUGAUUAUUUUAGCAAAGAAGCUUCCAAGCUUUACUUCAAUAGUCUAAGAACUUACUGGCAAGAGCUGAUUGAUCUUAACAGUGGAGAGACUACUGAUGUGAAAGAAGCUUUAAUUAAUGCUUUUAAGAGGCUUGAUAAUGAUAUUUCUUUGGAAGCUCAAGUAGGAGAUCCAAAUUCUUUUCUCAAUUACCUUGUACUGCGAGUAGCGUUUUCUGGUGCAACUGCUUGUGUGGCCCAUGUGGAUGGUGUUGACUUGCAUGUUGCAAACACAGGUGACAGUAGGGCCAUGCUUGGGGUUCAGGAAGAAGAUGGAUCUUGGUCUGCAGUUAAUCUGUCCUAUGACCACAAUGCACAAAAUGAACAUGAAGUGGAGCGUGUAAAAAUGGAGCAUCCAAAGUCUGAAGCGAAAAGUCUUGUGAAACAAGAUCGUCUCUUGGGUCUCCUGAUGCCUUUUAGAGCAUUUGGUGAUGUGAAGUUUAAAUGGAGUAUUGAAUUACAGAAGAGAGUAGUAGAAUCAGGCCCAGAUCAGCUAAAUGACAAUGAGUAUACAAAGUUUAUUCCUCCAAACUAUCACACUCCCCCAUACCUCACAGCUGAGCCAGAAGUCAUAUAUCACAAGUUACGGCCACAGGAUAAGUUCCUGGUUUUGGCCACAGAUGGGCUGUGGGAGACGAUGCACAGGCAAGAUGUGGCUAGAAUUGUAGGGGAGUACCUCACUGGUGUUCACCAUCAACAGCCAAUAGCUGUUGGUGGCUAUAAGGUAACUUUGGGACAGAUGCAUGGUCUCUUAACGGAAAGGAGAGCAAGAAUCUCUUCAGUAUUUGAAGAUCAGAAUGCAGCAACUCACCUGAUACGUCAUGCAGUGGGUAACAAUGAGUUUGGCUCUGUGGAUCAUGAGCGACUGUCCAAGAUGCUUAGUCUCCCAGAAGAGCUGGCUCGAAUGUAUAGAGAUGACAUUACAAUUAUUGUGGUGCAGUUCAACUCGCAUGUUAUAGGUGCGUGUCAGUGAAGAACUGUGAAUUUAAUGUAGUGAACUAGUUACCAAAGUUGUAACAAUGGUCAGUAUGAGCAGCAAAUACAAAACCACCCAACAAUAAACUCCCCCCAAGCCCCUAAGCAAACAAAUAGGUUGCUUCUUUCCUAAAUUCAACAUACCUGUUGUUCCUGCCUUCCCCCAGAGUUUCUAAAUACAUGGGAAGUACUGUUGACCUAAUACAAGCUUGAUGAGGAUGUCACAGUUUGGGAAAAAAUGUUUUUGUAAUAUUUUUGCACUACUGAUCUCACAAAUGCUGCUAGAACAACGUCUUGGAUUUGACAGCCUUGGAUGAGGGAGGGAAGAAGGAUAAAGAAUUAACUGAAAGAUCUGGCUGUUCAAGAAACAAAGCCUGUUCAUAAAUACAUGUAAAUAUCUAUGCAUUAUCUUAAGGAAAAGAUGAGUAAAAAGGAGUAUUGUUGAAUUCUUACAGGGCUAAUUCUUGCGAAGGAGAUAGGGUUAUUUGUGAAUCUGUUGUUUGUUUCUUCUAAGCAGAAGGUCACUUUAAAGGAGUCUUUGGUGUAACAAAGUUGUCUCACUUUCUUAUUGACAAUGUUACUCACUUAACAGUAUCCAAAUGUUGACUUCCAAUGCAGGUCUAAGCCAUAAUCAAUACCUGAUAUUCUGUUACAGCUUAAUCAUAUCUUAUGCAUAGCAACUUCUCAACUUCUUGUGCAUCCAUAGUUUAUUGGCUGUGAGUUUCUGCAGAGCUUGUAGGGCAAUAAUACAUUAGUAAGAUACUAGAUAACUUUGUGGAGAAUUUAAGUUUGUAGUAUGAGGAAACUUUUCAAAAAGUCGGUGUUGUUUGUCAAGACUGUGUUGGCUUUCCUGAAGGUUAUGUUCUUAAUGAACUUCACCCUCUUUGGUGUUACUUAGCUGGUAAAUACAUUUUUACCUGGAAAGAUCAGGAAAUUAUCGCUAACCUCUUUGUGGCUUUGCAACUUGCUCUCAUUUUCGCUUUGGCUGUUUCAAAUGGUCAAGUGUUGGAUGUCUUGCACUUGAACUCACAUUUGUAAGUUGAGUUAAACUAUAAAUUAGAAAAAAGUAUGUCUUGUAAAUAGUGUUUUAGUUGGGAAAGUGACUGCCAUGCAUGUGUAUGUUUAAUGGCUUUUUCUAGCAACUUCCUUAUUAGCAGCUCUGUUUCUGGACAGCUGCUGUAUGCAUGUCCUUAGGGUCCAGAAUGCUGUCACAACAGUGUCUGAAACGGGCCUUUCUGGCUUGUAAUGGUUGAAUUUGAACUUAAUAGAUUGGCUAUAACUUGUAUGCCUGAAGUUUUUUGGCUUGUAACUGUAAGAAGUUAGACUGCCAACUAAUUUACCGGUCAUCAUUGCAUCUAUUUUAGAUAUGGUGCAUUGUAUACAGAUUUACUUUAAUCUGCCCUUAGGUUAAACUCAAGUGCUGUCUGAAAUACUAGCCCUUGAUGACUCAGAACAUAUGUAACCUGAUUCCUGUGUUCUAGAGAACAAUGAUAGGUCAGUUUAUUUCACUUUAACAAGGUGUUUCAGUUAAAAUACCUCCCUAGUCUCGACCAUAGCUAAUUAAACCAACACUUAAAAAAACUAGCUUAUUUUGGUUAACUGAUUAAUGUGGCCUUUUCUACUAAGUGCAAAUGUUAUCAAUAAAUGCUAAUGCUUAUAUAUGGUGCGCUUAGUUUGAACAAUGAACCUGUGCUGUAGUAAAUUUUGGCUUCUCAAACUCUCAAAUGCUUUGUUUACAUAGUGGCCUGCAGCUUUUAUGUCUGUUUCUUUACCCAACCUUUAAUAUCGGGAUCAGUGUUGCUGUAUGGUGAAUGAUAUCUAAGAUCACAUUCAAGAUGUGCACAACCUUUAUUUAAAGGGAAAAAAGAAACUAAAAAUGCAUAGACAAGUACUGGCUCUUGAUAUUGCUUCUGUAUGUUGUGUUUUGGUGACUGUCAUUAGCUAAGUGAAUAGGCUUUAUGUUCUGUCACUCAAAUGCAGUAUGUAUCUAAGCUGUUUCAGUAUUUAACUUUCUUACUUUUUUACUGUUUAAGCUCUAUUAUAUGUAUUGAUGUAUUUAAUCUAUGAUUAUUGACAUGGAUUUGGUACAAGUCAUAGUUAGAAGAAAUCAACAUUAGUCCCAUGGAUACAACUUUUAUUGAGGAAAAGCUGGUUUUUGUACUUAAGAUGCAUAUGUAUGGGGUCAGACAAUAAUAUUUAUGUAUUGCUUGGAGACUUGCUCAGUAUGUAUGCAGUGAACAGAAGCAACGUAACUGCCUGCUGAACAGGUGAUCUGAACAAAUAUCUAACAGAUUCCAAUAAAAUGUUCAAUUAUGCAGAAA